UGUACGACUAUGGACCCUUCUUCCACGCUAAUCCUUCUAUGUGAUCUUCAAGAGCGGUUUCGGCCCGCUAUUUCUGGCUUUGACCAUGUCGUGGCUACGACGAAUAAGGUCCUCAAAAUUGCGAAGGUGUUGGGUUGUGAAGUGCUAGUCACCACACAGAAGACCAAGGCCUUGGGACCAACCGACCCUGCUAUCGCUUUGGAAUCACUUGGGCCUCUGCACAUCGGAACCUUCGACAAAACACUUUUCUCGAUGCUAACCCCCGAGGUUCUCUCCCAAAUCACAACGCGUCCGCAUAUCAAGAAUAUCGUGUUGAUUGGGAUUGAAAGUCACAUCUGCAUCCUCCAAACGGCCCUCUCUCUUCUCGUCCACCCGAAGAAAUACGCGGUUUAUGUUCUCGCCGACGGGGUCUCGUCUUGUAACCCAGCCGAGGUUCCAAUCGCACUGGCCCAAAUGCGUGCUUCCGGUGCUAUUGUAGUCAGCAGCGAAAGCCUGGGCUAUCAACUUGUUCGGGAUGCGGCUAUACCUGAAUUCAAGGCGUUUGGCAAUAUCAUCAAGGAAGAGAAGGAAACCACCUCCAAGACCGUAGACACCCUGCUCGGCAGGCUGUAG